AUGCUCAAAUCUGCAACGCUGCUCUGUUCUGCGGCAGCGUUCUGUACCGCAGCGUCUCUCAAUGUGUCUACGGGACUGGGCCAUUUCCUCGGCUCGCGCAAUCAGUCUACAACCAUCGAAUCGUGGCUCGGAAUACGCUUUGCUACUCCCCCCAUUGGCGAUCUGCGUUUCCGUGCGCCCGUCAGGGUCCCCGACGACAUCUCAUCGGUACAUAACGCGACCAGCUUCGGCAAUGCUUGUCCUCAGAUUCCGAGCACGUCUCUGGGCGCCCCGCAGGCGGAAGACUGUCUAUUCUUGAAUAUAUUUCGUCCCUCAGGUGUUCAUCAGACAAUAGCUGGGCUCCCGGUACUGGUUUGGUUCUACGGAGGCGCCUAUACCCAUGGAGCCGCAUCGGAUCCAUCUUUCGAUGCUACCGCCAUGAUUCAGCGCAGUGUUGAUAUAGGCAAACCUAUCUUGUUCGUAUCCGUGAAUUACCGCGUCAAUACAUUUGGCUUCCUUGCGAGUCGACACGUUCCUGCUCAGGAUCUCAACGCCGGCUUGCAAGAUCAAAUUGCAGCCCUUGACUUUGUCAAGGAAAACAUCGGCGCUUUUGGGGGCGAUCCUGACAAGGUGACGAUUUGGGGACAGUCUGCAGGGGCUGGUAGCGUCUCAGCACACAUUUUAUAUCCUGCAAAUAGGACGCUGUUUCGAGGGGGUAUGGCGAACUCUCCGACAGGGCCCUUCAAAAGCUCUCCGUUCGCAUUCCAGUAUGACGAGCCGGGAAAGCCAUAUGCCCUCCUCACUUCCGUGCUGGGAUGUCCCUCUGACGGCCGGUCAUUCGGGUGUCUGCAGCAGGUGCCGUUUGAGCUUCUGCGAAAUGUCAGCAACACUAUGAUCAGCAACACACUGAACGGCCAGCUCUGGGAGCCUGUUGUUGGUCCACCUGGUAGCCUCGUUCCAGAACGGGAAUCGGCACGGAUCGCCAGCGGGCAUUUCCUUCACGUGCCAUAUCUCGCCGGCACGAACAACAAUGAAGGAACGUUCUUCACAAGCUCGGUUCGCAAUAUCACUCAUCAAGCAUCCGAAGAGGCCGCCCUCUUCGACAACUAUGUCGCACGCCUUGUGUUGGAUAACCGUACGAUCACCCAACCCAUCCUGGACGAGUUCCGUCGCUUGUAUCCAGCCAACGGCACAAAUAAUGGGGCUCCGUUCGAGACCGGCGAUUCGUUGUUCGACAGGGUAGAAGCAUGGUACACAGACAACAUGUUCCUUGCGCCGCGCAGACUCUUCUUUGAUGCAGCGGCUGGCAAGCAGAAUUUAUACGGCUAUUUCUUUAAAGAGUUGAUUCCUGGGAAUGAUCCGAGUCUUGGAGUGACACACGCCAUUGAGCUGCAACUCCUGUUCGGUCGUCUUACGGUGGCUCCCAGCGAGGCCGAAUUUGCUCUGAAUUUCACAGACGCGUAUCUGAAUUUCGUAAACGAUCUGAUACCCGGACCGUCCUGGCCCCGCUUUACAACCAAUUCGCGGAAGGUGCUGCAGUGGACGAAGGGCAAUAUUACGCCCAUCGCGGAUGAUUGGAAUCUCGAACGCACGGGAUAUCUGGCAUCACCCUUAGUCCUUGAUGCAUUCGAGAAGUAG